ACCACCGCCGGCGACGUUGCAACAAGGGGAUUGUGGUUUCUGCAGUUUUAAGUCUAGUUCAAAUCCCACUUGUACGUCCGCUAUUACGGUCUGCGCACAGUACGCGUGACGUAAUUCCGUCCCUGGGACUGUCCGCGCGGACUGUAGGUAAGGAGUAGUUGUAUUAUGGGUGCUCUCGAUGAACGGUUGUGUGAGGUGGUGCGGAGGUAUCCGCACAUAUAUAAUUCGUCAUUGAAAGGGCAUAAGGACGUAUUACGCUGCACGGAAACAUGGAAGGAAAUCGCCCAAACACUGGGCAAAGAUGAGAGCUUCUGUAGGCAGAGGUGGAAAUAUCUGAGAGACAGAUACGUGAAAGCAAAACGGAAGACGGGUGGAAAGAGUGGCGAUGCGAGUGGCAGCGAUCGAAGCCCGCAUAUCAUGACCAUGCUAAGCUGGCUUUCGAGUUUUGUGAGACACAGAGAGACGGAUUCCAGCGUAUUAAGUGAUAUGACGGAGUGUCCACCGCGGAAGAUUCCCAGGACCGGGACAAAAUUACUUCAACCGGGCCCCCAAGACACACAACCACUCCCACCCGGGCCCCCUCUUGGGUCCGGGCCUGGGACAACUUCCCCAGUUGUCCCCCGAAGACAGCAAGCACUGGAGUUUGAUUGCAUCGCUUCUGGAUCCUCUGUCGCUGACACGGAGCAAGAGACAUUUUCGGGAAACCAAGGCCCGCACGAUUCCUCCGCCCCAUGGUCGCCGUCUCCGUCUGAAAACUCAGACCAGCACUCAUCCGAAUCUCCAUUUCCCAGCUGUCGGGGUUCAAGAAAGCGAAAUGAUCCCCCGGAGUCUUCAACCGAAACGGUGACAUCACAGCCGCAGAGGAGCGUCCAGGAAGCUGGAUGUGAGGAGCUGUCCUUCGGGCAGUAUGUCAGCCAGGUGCUGUUAAAAAUGGGGCAGAAAACAAGAUCCUGUGUGAAAUUUGAAAUCAAUCAGGUGCUGCACAAAUGGGAGAUGGAGCCCCACCGCGACGACAUCGCCUGAAAUAUCCUGCCUAUCGGACACAUCGCGUACCAUAAACUAUACUAUGGAGAUGGUAUACAAGGUUUUAUGUACUUUUGUAUGAAAUAAUUAGGUUUUUAUUUUGUUACAUUGGUUAUUGAACUAUAACAAUGUAGGUCCUUCAUAAAGGUUCAUCCAUUUCACCCUG